ACUGUCUGUUUGGGGAUGCCAUCGCUUCUGUCCUCCAAGUGGCAGAGGGGAAACAGCUCUAACCUUUUUAAUAUAGAAAGAUCAGAGGUGGCCAACCUGUGGCUCCAGAGAAGGCUUUUCAGAAGCUAAUAUGCAGCUCCUUGCACAGACACCAACAAAGGAAACAAAUACGCCGGGCCUGGAAAGGACCCCUAGGUAGAGGAAGGCUACACUCCCUGUAUCUACCACAGGUUGGCUACGUGCACCUGGAGGUUGUAAGAAGAGGAAGAGACCACCAUGAAAAGACAGGAGACCCAAAUCAGGAGUUCAGGGUGGCAGUAGUUUUUGCUUUCACUUUCCAUUUAUAUGAAAGAGCACUCCAGGAAGAGGAAAUAUUUUGCAGCGUAUACAUUUUGCAACAUGCUGCUGUCUCAUCCCCCACACGCAGCCUUAUUUAUUCACCCCACCCAUUCUGCUGGGCCCUUUUUCAGAAGGUGAGAGUUGAAGCCAAAAGAGGAGUGGAUCAUUUGCAAGUGCUUUGAGUUCCGCAGUGGCUCAGCAGCCAGCACAACAGGGUCCUCGUCUGUGACUGGGGCUGCUAGGCACUACAGGAAAAACAGAAGCCUAGCACUUCCCUUGUUCUACAGUUUCCUUGCACUGCCAACUGAAGAUGCUUCAGACUGUGGGCUAGGAGCAGAGCUCAUGCAGAUCCUGGAAUGUUUUCCUGGAGUUGUAUCAGUGGCAUGGCUGUGCUAAGGAGCUUUUAUUAAACGUGAUCGGAGGCCUUUGGCAGGAUACAAACAGCUUGACUCUCGACAACACCAGGGAAAGGACUUGUGGGUUGAAAGCUAAGGUUAACACAGCUGCACUGUCCCAGCAGCCAGAAUGGAUCAGGGUCUGCGUGGCGAUGUACAGGUGGAGCGCAUCCUCGUGUAUUCCUUUCUGCAGAACUGUCACAACUGUGAUUUCAGAGAAGAGCUGGAUUCUCUGAGAAGCCAGGUGAUGGUUUCCCCACCAAAAAACUUUCUCUCUGAUGAGUUUGAUGAUGGGGAGCUUCAGACAGAUGGGAAUCGGAGUGGCCGGUUUUCGAAUGGUGAGCCAGAUUCUGUGAUUGAUGAGGACAUUUUCCGGCUCAUUGGAGCUCAGCUUGCUGAGAUUGGGGACCAAGUGGCUAGGGAGAUCCAACCGAGAGUAGUAAAUGAUCUAGUGCAGCAAUUUGUGAAUGAGAAUCUGUCCAAAGAGGAGAUAAUGAGACGUCUGUCUAAUACAGUGGAGGGGCUUGUGAGAACCAUACCUUUGGAAAUGGAGCAGGAGAAAGCCAUGUUGGUGCUAGCGAUGGUUUUAGCCAGAACAGUAGCAAACAAAAUGCCAUCCCUUCUACACCGUGUCUUUAACACCACUGUGAAUUACGUCAACCAGAACCUCCACAAUUACGUUGUUAACCUGGGAUAACAAAGUUGAAUGAGAGCGGAGCCAGUGCCAUUGACGUCUGUGGAGAAGAUUGCUUCUUGAGUAUUUACUUUAAACGUUAAAACUUUGCUUUUUUUCCUCGUUUAAAUUCUUUUGCAAUACCGCUAUGAAGGGGGAAGCACAACCCCUUAGUUUAUGUUUUAGGUUUUUCAGAGAUCACCACAGGAGAACUGUUCAAGCUGUGCGAUUGUUCAGCAGAGACAUGUAGGACUAUUGCUUGCCUGUUACUUUUUUUUUUUUUUUUACCAAAUAUUGAAUGGGACAUACAGGUCUUCACCAGCACCAAGACUUAAGAGGAAGUGCCAGUUGGCAGUGCACUCAGGUGUGUUUACUGAAACUUUAGGUCAUUAUCCCAUGCACUGGGGAUAGGAUCUGUUGGCAGUGAGCCUGUUAGGGUACGUCUUCCCUGCAAGGUUAACCCAGGUGUGAGCAGCCACACAGCAUACCUAUACUUCAAAGCUGUGCUCUUAUGUCUAUGGUGCUAGGUCUGCUGGAGGCAAGGCCUAUUGUUUUUUUGUGCUGCAGUAAGCCGAGCCCUUCUAGUCUUUCUGAGCAUGGUCCUCAGAUACUGUCCUAAUCAACUGCAAGGGAUUUAGCCUCACUACAAAAUGGGUGGGUUACCAAGUAAAAGCAGAGGUUAGGUUAACGUCUCUACUGUGCACACUAUCCUGGAAAAGCUAUGCUAGUGUGGUAUGGCCUCUUCUCACAAGGACAAGCAUUUCUCCGCACCCCUAUCAUGAUAGGUAAUCCACCUCUCUGAGCAAUAGUAGCUAGUUCAAUGGAUUUCACCCCCUAUGCUGUGUGCGAGCUAGCCAGCCUGGGUUGAGACAACCACCUAACACUUAGCCUGUAUUUCCAAAGGUGUGUCUUCAUUAAAGACACACCACUAAUUCUUGAGUAAACUAUAUGCUCAGGGUUUUUUCCCCUAGGCACAUCAAUGGGGGAGGCAGGGUCUUUUGAGCCUCUGGAUGGUGUCUGAUUUAGAUGUGCAAAGUUAUAGAAAAGCAACAGAAUUAACAUUCAGCUGGUCAUACUUGAGUAUAACAUACACUAGCUUUAAUUUCCACUCAAUAGGUCCCUCCAUGUAGUCAAUGACUAAGAGGCUGGCAACCUUGAUCACCUUUAACUCAUGCCUAGAGCCUCUGCUGGUGGGCCUACCAGGAAUGCACCGUCUCAAGUUGACAGUUUAUGUAAAACUAAACUCUGAGUUGCUGUUUCUUAUAGUACCUGUAAAUAUUUUAUACUUAAUAAAAUUGUCAGUGCAGCUGUUAUCCAUUUUCAAACUGGGUGUGCAAGGAAGCGCUUAAAAAAAAAAACUGAAUUCAGUCUCCUGCAUUCCAUUGUCCUUGGAAGUUUAUCAAUUUUUCCUAAGGUUUCUGUUGAAUUUUAUAAAGUGAUUCCUUUUUAGAGGGAUAGCAGACAACAAAGGGAAAUAUGAGCCUUUUCAUUUACUGGAGCUGAAAGGAUGGUGGGAGAAUGUGGCUAGCUGGAUUUUGCUGAGCACCUAGUGAGAGCAAGCAAUCCAAGGGUUGUCUACACCAGACUGCACCAUUACCUCCGUUAAACAGCAUGCCCUUAGCCCAAAGGAGAGGAUUUGGAUUACUGGAAUGCCUUUGGGGUGGUGCACACAGGAUGACAGAAGGGAACUAGCAUAAGAAUAGGUCCACACAUUGUUUUUGAAAACUGUACCAUUUAUUAAAGUGCAAGCUGGGGUCAUGGUCUUACAGCAGUGUCCCAUUUGGGGAAGGAAAAAAUGUACAUAACAUUUCACUUAUAGAGCUUUGGAGCUGGAGAGAACUUUAACACUGUGAAAAUAAUAUUUUAAUUAAACUGUCUGAAGCCU